ACUUGGUUGUGAAAUAAGUUUUAGUCAUUACCAAAGUAGAGUGAAAUGGUUUAAGAAACAAUACACCAAUUACUCUCAACUUAUGCGUCAUAGUUCUGGAUUUGGGUGGGAUCCGAUCACAAAGAGAUUCACUGCUGAUGAUGAAGUAUGGGCAGAUUAUUUGAAGUCACAUCCAACGCAUGGGCACUUUCGGUCAGAAACUUUUCCAGACUAUGAGGACUUGAAAAUUGCAGUUGGAAAUGGAACUGCAACUGGAAUGGGCUCAAUCAGUUUAGGUGAUGAUACAGAUGCCUCUACAUUUGGAGCGGAAGAAAACGGACCUUGGGGAAUUGAUGGAUUAGUUUUUGAUCGAAAUACUAACAUGUUCGUGCAAAGUGAAAAUGAGUCAUCACACCAAGAAAACUCGCCAUCUCUUUCACAACAACCCUCCCAAGGUACCAAUGUAGAUGCUCCACCACAUAGCAGGACUCAAGGAAAACGGAGUAGGACUGACUAUGAAAAUAAUAGCGGCUCAAAGGGGGCAACUAGUCAGGCUGAGGUUUUAGAAAACUUAUCAAGUGGCAUUGGUAAAAUUGUCACAAGUUUUGAUAAAAUUUGUGGCUUAAUGGAGAAGAGAGAAUCAAGAGAGAGUGAUCUUUUGGAUGCUAUGAACGAGACCCCAGGAUUAACUGAUGAGGCUUGCUUUAUGGCUCUUGAUUUGCUUAAUACUAAAGCAAAGCAAGAUUUCUUCUUGAAGAUGACUCUUGAACAACGACAUAAUUGGAUCACCUAUAAACAAAUGCAAUAGGUGUGGGUCAAUCUCCACUAGCGACACCUAAUAAGCAAUAGGCUAUGUUCUAUUAUUAAUUUUAAGUUAUGGAGUUUGAUUUUAUUUUGUUUGAAUUGCAGCUUGUUUUGAAUGAUUUUAAA